GAUCGUUUAAUCGUCCUGGGACGCUAGGGAAACGAAAGCUAACACGUGGAAAUCGUGAUUUUCUGUUCAGUGCCUUCUGCUUUAAAGCAGUUUAUCCGAAUAACCACCCGGAGGAGAAGGUUACCCCUCGCCUCACGAGCCGCGUUUCAUCAUGGCGGACAACGUCGACGAGGACGCCCUGUACAGAAUCAAAGAGGGGGACUACGUCGUGUUGCAACGGGGCGACGUCUUCAAAGCUGUGCAAAUUCUACCCAAGAAGAAGGUGAUCUUCGAGAAGCAGUGGUUCUUCCUGGACAACGCCGUGGGGCAGCUGUACGGCAGCACCUUUGACAUCGUGUCCGGCGGGACCCUGCAGCCGCGGAAGCCCAAAGACGCGGAGAGCCCCGCCGAUGCAAAGGAGGCGGGCACGGACAACAGGAACAUUCAGGACGAUGGCAAAUCCCAGAAGCUGACCAGGGAUGACAUCGAGAACUUCAAAGAGCAAGGUCUAACAGAUCAGGAAAUCAUUCAGCAGCUUGUAGACAACAGCUCGACAUUCAUAGGUAAGACCAAAUAUGCCCAGGAUAAGUACAUCAAGAAGAAAAAAAAGAAGUAUGAAAACAUCGUGACGAUCCUAAAACCGUCCUGUCGCAUCCUGGCUCUGAUGUACCACGGCCGGGAACCCGGGAAGAUCUGCCACCUCAGGUACGACACGCUGGCCCAGAUGUUGACCCUGGCCAACAUCCACGCCGGCAGUAAAGUUUUGGUGUUCGAGACCUGCGCCGGUCUGUUGCUGGGAUCCGUCAUGGAACGAAUGGGGGGCUACGGCUCAGUGAUCCAAAUGUACCCAGGAGGGGGGCCCGUGCGGGCGGGCGUGGAGAGCUUUGGCUUCCCGGCACAUUUUCACGACACGCUGCACGAGUUCCCCGUCUGCCACGUCAACGCUCUCCUGGCAGGGGCUCUGGACGCCGCUCCCGAAGGCCCCAGCGCCGACUCGACGCAGUCCGAUGCGGCGGGGGGGGAGGAGCCAAAGCCGCCUAAGACCGAACCGACCAGCGGCCCGGAGGAAGUGAAGAUGGAGACCAACAGUGGCGCUGAUGACGUCUGCGACCCGGAGAAAGAAGCGAGGGAGAAACGCAUAGAAGCCAAAGCCGAGGAAAGGAAGGUGAAGCAGGAGGAGAAGCGGAGGAAGCUGGCGUCGGCCGCCGCGCUGCUGGAAGGCAGGGAUGCCGACGGCUUGGUCAUAGCCAGCCGGUUUCACCCGAGUCCCGUCCUCAUGGGCUUGCUCAAGUUCCUCGCCCCCUCCAGGCCUUUUGUGGUCUACUCCCAGUACAAAGAGCCUCUGAUCGAGUGCUACACAAAACUCAAAGAACAAGGCGGCACGGUCAACCUCAGGCUCGCAGACACGUGGCUCAGACAUUACCAGGUGUUGCCCAACAGGACGCACCCCGUGCUGCUGAUGAGCGGCGGCGGGGGCUUCCUCCUCUCGGGCACGACGGUCGCCGCGGACCCCCCCAGACCCGCCGGCGCCCAGCGAGCCGAGGAGCCGGCGCCGAAGAGACUCAAAGUGACGGACGCCGACGGGUAAAACCGACGCUGGAGGCAUCGGAUCUGUUUCGUCGGGGGGGGGGGUUUCCUGCAGCUUCGACUUCUCUUUCCGCUGAUUCGACGCCGCCCCCCCCCCCCCCCUCCGCAUUCGUCAUCCUCCAUCUUGUGCAGUGAGAUCAGCGCCAGGGAGGCGUAGUGCCGAGUUGAGCUUUGUAUUCUGUGGUGAGCUGCAGGAAUCGUCUUGUGUUUUUUAUUAUUUUUUUUAUUAUUUUGUUAUCCCCGCAGAAAGGUCCAUUUGUUUAAUGAUCCAGCUGCUGACUGUGGGUAACAUCUGUAUCUGCCCAGAAUAAAUAAGCAGUACAAAAAGA